AGUUUGAUGACAGGCUUCGGCACCAGCGCAAUGUUGGCCGUGAAAAUUCCCAGGGCCCUGGACGAGGACAACGACGAGGACGAGGAAGGAGGAAGUGCCGGCCCGCAUGAUGACGGCGGUAAUGAAGCAGAUGUGGAAGUUGAGGAUGACAACAUGGAGGACCGGGGCGGGCUUGCUGACGAGGACGCCGACACGCCAAUGCAUGGUCAUGACAUCUCCCCCGCCGGCGCUGUCAGAAAGGGCUCACCGACAGUUAAAGUUUAUGGCCUCAACGCAUACUCUAAGGUGCGGGUCGUCUAUUUCGAAGAUGAUCGAAUACGAGGGUAUUUCAAUGUCUUCUGCUUUGACAACACACGCGAAAAUCGCUCCAUGAUGUUGUCAUUCAAGGACGCUGUCCGUGACAUCAGGCAAAGGUGGAUAGACAACAAUAGAAUCAAGGCCCCCAAACCCAAGGUCAACGAGAAGGAUGAGGUGGUCGUUGCACAUCAGAAGACGUGGCAGAACUUCUUGAGGGCCUGCAUGGGGAAGGCAUGCGACAAGGCGUUUGUAAAUCAAGCUCUCGAGAAUGAGUACAGUAAGGAUUGGAGUAAUAAACUCUGGGGCUACAUGAACCUCGCCACAUCCUGUGUCGCAGUGUGGCCGCUGGUCGAGAGGUUCUUCGAGAUGUUCAACGAAGGAAAGCUGCUAGUUAGCGAUGGCAAAAUCCCGCUUGACAUGCCCGGGAGGAUGGAAGGCCGCUUGCCAGGCCCGUACACCGGCGAGACCAAGGGACAAAGAACAUUGUACCAUUGCAUAUAUGCAAUAGAUGGUUCCAAAGGCUCCACCGUGUUGUGGAAGGAUCUUUGUCCUUCCUACUUCAAAAAUUUUGAGGAUUUGACAUGUCGUGAGAGGGAAGUUGCAUUGCUCUUGCUCAUGAAGGGGAAGGUGGUCGCAACGAACGUCAAGGUCUUGCCUCCAAGAGUGAACGUCAAGGUCCUGCCUCCAAGAGUGAACACAGAGUGCUUCCUCGACAUCAUGCGAAAGGAGCGGUACAGGGUGCGUAUGUUCAACUAUGUUCUGUUUCGCGUCGAGGGAAGGGCGGACGACGAAUGGAACGACGCGUUCUUCAUGUCGUACAAGGACCUUGAAGACAGGUAUGGGCCAAACGGUCUGUGCGCUGCUGAAUGGGAGAAGGAACGGGACAAGUUACAUGUCAAUAAGGUGAAGAUGGUCCCUCGACGACUUGGAGGAGUGGAGGAGGCAAGGCAAGGUGCGGGCUUGGGGCGUACGGCGGCAAUGUAUAAGGAGGCUCCGUUUCACCUUAAGGUCUUCAUAUACACUGCAAUCGAUAAGCUCGAUUUGCUUCGCGCCGAGGUGAAACGGAUCGCCUCCAGCGCGCGUCAUAUUGUGUGGGACAAGAUUGGCAAACAAACGACAUUGCUACGUGUGUGCAUGCCAUCGAAGGAAGUGUUGGCAGCGCCAGACGACAUCGUCGCUGCAGCGCAAAAAAUGGCAUGCAGGGCCACCAUCGUGGACAUCCCAUCCUCGAACUUCAGCAUGGCGUGGACCUCUCACGAAUUUGAUGCCUUGCACACAUUGAUGACCAAGUGUUGUGGCCAAAAUGGGGUCCUUUUCUUCUUUGCGCCGCAGAAGGUGCAAAGCGAUGUUCUGCGUCACUUGUUCCGCUGGGAGGACGUCGAAGUCAUCCCCGGGACUUGGAAACGGGUGGACAGGCCACCGAACGACAUCACACGAUACGGCAAUAUGGCUACGACGAGUCGAGAUAUGAUGACCAUUGUCCUUCACGCCAACGGAGGGGAUCUGAAAAAAGUAACUGUCAAACCCCGACUCCACAACGACCUCACAACCGUGCACGUUGUGGAAGAGAAGUUCGAGAAGUGUCAAGGAAAACACGGUGGGAUAGAGGGCGAUGAUAGUGCGGUGUAUCCCAUCUGGGAGCGAGAGCCUGGAAAGUUACGUUCGUUGUGCGGGUCAUUUGUCGGAGAGGCGGAAGGUGUGUUUUUGUUGGGUAGAGCGCACGCAGGUCUUGUGUGGGAGUUAUUAUUGGCAGGUAAUAAUGUCAUUGUCUGCGACGAGUCGGCCAAGGACAUUGCAUAUCUAACAAAGUUCGUCGAUAUACUUGUGAAGGAUGAGAGAUUCGCCUGUCAUGUCGAGAAGCCACGUUGCAAAGAUCGUAGCAACAGGGACAUGUUCCACAAGUUGGGACGCAAGAGACUGAAGGUGUGGGAAUACCUGUUCCGCGAUGCGCCGCAAGGACGCCUUGACGGGAAUUACAUCUACAGGAAAGCAAAGGUAACAGAGACCCUGAAACAUUAUCACGGUGCUCUUACUGGCGCCUUUGAGACUUUUGUCGCUCGAUGCGAGAUCCUGAAGUUCGAUCUUCAUAAAGACCAGCUGAUGUCCAAGGACUACGCUGACCUCGCGAAAUCGGGUGACGGAUUUAACCCCAUCGACAACGAGGAAGACUCUUCGGGGUCCGACCUCGAAUUGGGCAAUGGCAAGGGUGGUGAAGGUCCGGGCGGUGGCAUGGUGCGGUCACACGAUGAAGGGACCGUUCGCUCGCAUGAAAGACCCGUACAGGUGGCCGGCCACAGUAUUGGCUCGAUGGUGGCCCCCAUGGAGGGCACCGGUUUGCCAAACAUGGGAAUAUGUGGUCCCAAUGAUGAAGAUGACAUUGAUAUGCCAGGCGAGGCGUCGAAGCUCGCACCAGGCGAUCCAAUUCCUCCCGGCUAUUGUGCUGAUCCGACCACAAUUUAUUUCUUGGAGGGCAAACACGCACGCACUAGUGAGGACAAGUGGGGUCAUGACAUCGUGUGGCAUGAGGGCAUUUUUUAGCCCUGCAUCCAAGAUAGGGAGUGGAAGAUGGCGGUCAAAUACACACGC